AUGUCCAAAUGCGCCAGAUCUGGUGGCGAUGAACCGCCCUCAAAGCGUCACUGCUCGAUUGACAUCCAAGCGAACCAGGCAGUACCACCGGCACUGUACGAUAACGGUGCAUGGGAAAUCCUUGCCAAAUUCCUCACCACAUCAAUGUCUCUAUCCGAGGUAGACGACGCGCACAUAGCAUACCUCGGCGACCGAUACUUAGCAGAUGAAUGGGCAGAGCCUCGACGCCUGCUCUUCUCCGGUGACGAAGAUAACACCAAAUCCUUAGAAAACUUCACCAAGCUGUGGAAAACUCACAUACCCAAUCCACCAGAAAAGUCUUCCGUUUCUAUCCCUGCAUCGAGGAGGAACGGCUACUCGUCAAGUUCACGUGCUCAAAAAUCGCGCAAGUUAUCCAAAGCUGCUUCUAAGUUCAUCGCUGAUAAGGCCGAUGUUGGUGAUGAUGAAGAGGAGGAAGAGGAGUAUGAUGGAGAAGAUUGGGAUGGACCUUCUAUGCAGUCGCCGAUAGUCACAAGUUUGCCAGGAACGUCGACGAAACGGAGGUUGGCAGCAACCUUUGACGACAUGGCGACUUGGUUCAAACAACAUUUGCCCAGCUCAUCUGAAGACAAUCUCGCCUACAGAAGUCCCGAAAGCAGGAUGUAUUUACUUCAUGUUCAAAGGACUACCACUCAAUAUGUUGCUGACCACCUUCGGAGGAAGGAAUUUCCCGUGAUCGUGUCAGCCUGGUCAGCAGGACAGCUUUACGUGGUGGCGGAUAGCCCCACGACGAUUGCAAAGUCCUUGCCCCUAUCUCUUUAUCUCGCCGUGAAAGAGUACUCCCAUAUUGCCGAGGAAGAAUGUGAAGCGGUAGAACGCACGCAGUCCAAGUUUCCUCAACAAGCAUGGGUGAGGAUCAAGGGCAGUAAGUACAGGGGCGACAUCGCACAAGUUUUCGAGCAACUGCCGAAUGGUCUGGUCACAGUCUUAAUUGUUGCGCGCGAUUUCCCCUAUUCCAUGCCUUCAGGAUCUCGAGCGCUUAUCCAGCAAUCUCUCCUUCCGAACCAGAAGAGCGUUUCCGACAUCAUUCGCGAUGAUGAAGUCGUGGGAUGGAAAUACAAGGGAGAAAGCUACUACAUGGGCCUGCUGCUCAAGAACUUUCACCGCGACAGACUAGAACUCGUCGCAUCCCCUCAUGUCGACGACAUUCGGCUACACCUGGACGCCGGAUGGAAUCAACUGUUUUUGAACGAAACUGUGGUCGCGUUUUCGCUGCAGUUCCUGCGCAUGGGCGAUUGGGCGAGAGUCGUCAAAGGCUCUCUUCGUGGAGAGCUUGGUCAGGUCGUCUCAACUGAUCAUACUUUGGGGACCCUAAGUUUGCAAUCGGCUUUCGAUGGGCGUCUCAAGGAGAUGGAAGUUCGACUCAAAGACAUUGAACGGAUCUUUCAAGUCGGCGAUACUGUAAGAGUGGUGGCUGGUUCAUACUUGGGCUUGGAAGGCCAUAUCGUUCAAAUAUGCGGUGACACGUUUCACCUUUGUCAACAUGCUACCAACGAGCAGGUGGAAGUGUCUAAGUACUACUUAGAUCAACGUCCGUUGAACCACACGGUGCACUCACGGUUCCCAAUGCAGCAAGAUUUCGAACCUUCCGAGUUGGACUCCAUUCAAAUAGGAGAUUUCAUAGAAGUCUUGGACGGUGAGCACAUGGGGAAGCGCGGAGUCGUGGACUGGCUUGCUAAGGGGGACAACAAACUAUGGUUCCGGGAUAUUUUGAGUACGGAAAGCAUCGAGUCCAGUGGUGGAUUGUCAAGUCUCUCGGUUCCCAUAGCAAUAGUUCAGCGGAUGGACCUGACUGCAACAAUUCAAUACACGAAGGAAAGGGGUUAUGACGUCAGACCUGGAGACAUCGUGACUGUCGUCCGUGGGCCCGAGUAUGAAGCGAAAGGCGUUGUGCAAAGCAUAGACUUUCCAAACGCUCACUUGUCCGUGCUGUGCGACGGUGAUCACACGCUGAUCAAUGUUCCAAUUGGAUUCGUUAUGAAAGUGCGCAACGCCGCCUUUGACUCUUUCAAGAAGGAUAUUGGUCAAGAAGUUUUCAUCAUUGGAGGUGGCCAUAAGGGCUAUCGAGCCACACUCUAUAGUCUUGGCGUCGAGGCUUGCACUGUCGCUAUUCAUGGGCAGAAGUGUAUCACAGUCAAACUUUGUGAUGUUGUUACCAAGUAUGGAAUGCGGCUAAACGGGGCGAUGCUUGAAGGCCCAGAGUUGAUUUCGUUCUGCGUCAUGCGGAAAAAAUUGUACUUGGCACCGCCAUGUCGGAGCACCACACCACCUUACAAAAAAAUCCCCUCCAGCUCCUCCACUUCCAUCAUGGAACCCAUUCCCUCGUCAUCUGAUCCUUCGUUGAGCGUUAAUCCAAACACAUCAACAUCCGACCCGUGGACUGUUGAUAAACUCGAUACUCAAGACAAUAUUGACGUCGGAGCAGAGAAACUCUCAGACAGUGGCCCGCUAGCUUGGUUGAUGACAAAGGAGUUUUUUUCGACAUUUUUCAACCAUCAUGCAAUGUUAAAGGUCUCACCGAUCUUUGAUGUAUCGCUGUCCAAGCAAUUUGUAUCUACACCUUGUCCUGACCCGUUCUGUGGCGAGAAUGGACCUGCACCAGAGGGAUGUGUUGCAGCAUACUGCACAUCCAACAAUGUGGGCGCAAAAAUGAAACACUAUCACAUUCCCGCCAUGUAUCUGAGCCCUGCCCCUCCACGUAAGAAGAAUCAGAAGUGUCUUAUUCUGGCCGGGGCUCAUCGCGGGCUGAUCGGAACCGUCACGAAAUGUAGCAUCAAGAACAAUCUUGCUGAUAUUAGUAUCACCCCUACAAUUACUGUAACUCUACGUUUCGAUGAGAUGUGUUUGGUAGAACCGAUGGAAUAA